CGAGGAGCGUGUCUGCGUCCAUGUAAAGAUCACAUGUUGAGUUGCCAAGGAGAUGGCUUAAGCUGAGCGCCCAUGCUGCCUCCCUAAGAUUCUGCAAUUUAUAAAGGCUAGAGACUCCGUAUGACCAACGGGGACGAAGACCACUAGGCCUACACUACAAAAAAACAAUACAAAGAGUAACUUUUUCCUCACCAUUACGCACAGUAUCUCACCAGUCUUCUUCUGCAUCUUGACUUCGUUUCCUGGAAAUCAUUUAAGGGCCAACCACCCAUCUCAACUUUUACGAUGGCAACAAGAUGGUGAACAUGCAAUGGAUGCCUCUUUGACAAGAGUACUCGAUAGCCUAUUCCUGUGAUCUCUUUAUGCCAAAGCAAGACACACACACACACACAUCCAAAUAUGAUCACAUCACACAUGAAUGGCUCCAUUAUGGGCGACUCCCAAACCGGAUCUGCGGGCACAGCUCACAACGAACCUGGGACCAAUCACGGGGCGUUGGAGUGGGACGACAUCACAGAUGACACCACCACGCCCACCCACACCGAGCCCUCGCGCUGCUCGGCACAGAUGAAGCGCAUCCAGCACUACCAGGAGGAGCUGAGGAAGAAGCGAGAAGAGGAAGGACGCCAGCGGCAGGCCCAGACAACGACGACGACAACCAGCAUCAACUCCUCGCUGCGGCUCAAAAAGCUCUCCCAGGACCCUUGUCCCAAGGUGGGCAUCGACAACCCCACGUUUGAGCCAACUGAGUCGGACAGGAAGGAGUCAGUGCCAGCCUUUGACGGUGGAGAUGCUGGACUCGAAGACUACCCUCGUGAUAAUAGUCAUCUGUCAGAGUUGGAUGACCUGCUGGUGUCCCUGGAGCAAGUGCACCACUGCCUGGGCGCGGACCAGCAGAGCCAGGAGGACCUGCAGCUAGUGGUGGAGCUGCUGCGGACCUCCGACUUCCAGACGGCCUUCCAGCUGCACUGCGCCAUCGCCUUGGGCAUGCAGCGCGUCAGCCCCCCCUUCCCCCUCACUGCCCAGGCACAGAGGCUCUGCCAGGAGGUGGAGAGUGCCAUCCAGUCCAGCCGGCACAAGGAGGGCCUGGAACUCAAAGCACUGCUCACCUCUCCCCACGUCCAGGCUCUGAUGGAGGCCCAUGACGGUGUGGCAGAGCAGGAAGUGGACCCUGAGCCCAGUGAAAUGGCCCUCUCUCAGUAUGGAGACACAGUCAAACUCGUACGGCUGCAGAAGACUCGGGACAUACCCCUGGGAGCAACAGUGCGUAAUGAGCAGCAGCGUGUGGUGGUAAGCCGUGUGGUGAAGGGGGGAGCAGCGGAGCGCAGCGGGCUGUUGAGGGAAGAGGACGAGAUCCUAGAGAUCAACGGCAUCCCCGUCAGGGGCAAGAACAUCAGCGAAGUACAGGAGAUGAUGUUGGCUAUGAAUGGCACACUUACCUUACUGCUCAUCCCCAACUCCUGCGAGAACCCUACAAACCGGCAAAGUGUGAUGCACGUGAAGGCCUACUUUGAUUACGACCCCUCGGAGGACCCCUACUUGCCGUGCCGAGAACUGGGCCUGUCCUUCCAGCGGGGGGACAUCCUGCACAUCAUCAGCCAGGAUGACCCCAACUGGUGGCAGGCCUACAGGGACGGUGAAGUGGACAACCAGCCCCUCGCAGGCCUCGUCCCUGGAAAGACCUUCCAGCAACAGAGGGAAACUCUGAAGAAGAUAAUUACAGAUAAGAACCCAGAAAAUGCAGGAAAGAUCUGGUGUGCCAAGAACAAGGGCAAGAAAACUAGAAAGAGGAGUGUGCGCAAACUUGACAGAAGCACAGAGCACCACAAUGAAGAGAUUUUAACCUACGAGGAGAUGGCUCUGUUCCACCAACCGGCCAAUCGCAAGCGACCCAUUGCUCUGAUAGGCCCACCCAACAAGCGACAGGACGAACUGAAGAGGAGGCUAUUGGCAGCUGAGCCGAAUCGGUUUGCCAGUGCUGUGCCACACACCACCAGACAGCCCCGCCCUCAUGAAGUAAAUGGGCGCGAGUACCACUUUGUGACGCGGCUGAACUUCGAGACGGAUAUGUCUACCGGAAAGUUCUUGGAGUCGGGCGAGUUCGAGAAGAACCUCUAUGGAACCACUACCGACUCUGUCCGACAGGUUAUCAACUCGGGACGCAUCUGCCUGCUCUGUCUGCAGACCAGGUCCCUGCGAGUGCUGCGCUCCUCCAACCUGAAGCCCUACAUAAUCUUCAUGGCACCUCCCUCCCUGGAGAGAUUGCGCACCCUGCUGUCCAAAGAUGGAAGCACACCCAAGGUGGAGGAACUGAAGGAUGUGGUGGACAAGGCCCAGGAGAUGGAGCAGAACUUUGGCCACCUAUUUGAUGCUGUCGUCAUUAACGAUGACCAGGAUAGAGCCUAUCAGGAUCUGAAGCGCCUCAUAGACAAACUGGACGUGGAGCCCCAGUGGGUGCCCUCCUCGUGGCUCUGCUGAGGAGCCUACAACGCCUUCAGCACUGGCAGUGCUGCCCCAGUUCAGUCAACUGACCUGGGAACAGACAACUAGUGGCUCUGGUAGCUGUAAAAAACCUGAACUGUUAAACCAUUUAGACCUGGAGAGAUUAGCGAAUAAUAUGAUUCCAGGUCAGUUGUGGGGCUGCAGUGGGGACAGGAAGUGGAGUGAGGACUAAUUUCCCAUCAGCUUCUGUCAUAAGGGGAGGGACUUUCUGCCCAGGGUAAGGAAGAAUGGUCCAUUGGUAGAUUGCAAGCAAAUGGUUGCCAUAGAGAUUCCCAUUUAGUACGAAGGUCAAAACAGUAGACUGUUAAGUCUGCCUUUUAACAGAAAGGGAUCUUAGGAGGGUAUUUACAGUUUUUUUCAACUGUUUACACACUAAAUCUUUG